GAGCUAGCCUCCGACCCAUUAGGAGCCUCUUGAGCCUUGUCGGGCGCCGUACACAAAACGCUUCAAAGAGUCAAAACAAGUCACAUCAUCACUUCGCGUCCAGCCGCGUGCACAGGAGCGCAAGCACGAUGGAGGUCCGCGCCGCCUCGAGUUCCGGCGCUACGUUAAGAAAGUUCUGCUGCGAACAGAGCAUCCUCUCUAGACCCGACGGAUCAGCGUCCUUCACCCAAGGAGACACGAGCGUGAUGGCCGGAGUGUACGGGCCUGUGGAAGUCAAAGUCAGCAAGGAGAUAUACGACCGGGCGACCUUGGAGGUGGUGGUACACUGCAAAGUGGGACUGUCAAGCGUGAGAGAGCGAGCACAGGAGCAGUGUGUGAGGGAGACGUGUGAGGCGUCUCUGCUGUCGUCACUCCACCCGCGCUCCUCUUUCUCCGUGUUUCUUCAGGUGUUGCACGACGCCGGCUCACUCUCGUCUUGCCUCUUGAACGCCGCCUGCAUGGCUCUUAUGGAUGCGGGGCUGCCUAUGAGCUUUCUGUUCUGUGGCGUGACCUGCGCCAUCGACAAAGAAGGUCAAAUCAUCACGGACCCCACAACAGCGCAGGAGAAGCAAAGUCGAGCUUUGAUGACCUUUGCUAUUGACAGUGUGAAGCGCAGGGUGAUGAUGUCAUCAACCAAAGGAUCGUUUUCAGUUCAUGAGUACCAUCAGUGCAUCGCAGUAAGCCAGAAGGCGUCGGAGAAGAUCUUCAACUUCUACAGAGAUUCUGUCAGGCGACGGUAUUCCAAAACCCUCUGAACACCGUCGCUCUCGUCUUUUCUUUUUUCUUUUUUGGUGUGAUACCAUUUUUAGCACCCAUUUCUGGUCUGAAGUCCGGCUGUAGAGGAUCUGUUCUGCAGCAGUGUGUGUGU